UUACAAUAACAACCACAAAACUUCCACCUCGGUUGCUCCACCCAAUCUCUGGCCGCUUCGAUCCGGCGAUUCUCUUCAUCCAAAUUGCUUCACCCACCACUGGGUCAUCCCAUUCGGCGAUUGGUUCCACGUCAGUCCUCUGCAAUUCGAUUUGGGGAUUUUUAUGAUUCGACGAUGAUGAUUUUUAUGAUUCGUCAUCAUCGUCGUCCGUCGACCGCCAUCGUCUGUUCCCUGUUCCUCGCCAUCGUUGAAUAUUGCGAGCUUGAGGGCUACGCCACCCUCCCAACUGCGAUGGAGCUUCUUCUCCUUUCGGCAGAGUGUCAAGAUCAGAGAUCCAAAUCUGAAGCUGACACGAAGAAAGCCGACAGAAGGAGACCUACUUCGUUGGAUUUGCACAAUGUCGUUUCCGCUUCCUCGUCGCGGUUAGCUGCCGCCGUAAAAAGACAUCGAUCUCGUCGUCGCGCAAGUCUGGGUCAUGGAUAGGAGACUAGGAUUAGGUAUAAGAGACCUCUCCCCGCCUCCAUCGUCGACCACUAGGUUGGAUUGGGGAUAGGAGACGUGGAUAGGAGACCUCUCCCCGCCUCCGCCGACCACUGGAUCGGAUUGGGAAGAGAACGGGCUCCAUUCCAUAAUCGGAAGGAAGGAGAUUUGGCAGGGGAGGCUUCUUUUUUCUUCUUCUUUUCUUCAGCAGCAGCUGCAAUGGUAGAGAUUUGAGUCUUCUGCAGCCUCUCGGACAAGUUGAUUUGAGGAUGUUUAGCGAUUCUUCUUCCAAGCAGUAGAAGUUUUAGCGAUUCUUGAUGUCACUCCCGCUGGGUUUAAUUUGAGACUGUGGUUACCAAAGGAUUAUGUUAUGGGACUGUCCAAGUACCACAUCGGAAAUAUAAGGGAAUGAACCCU